AUGCUUGAUCAAAAACACAAUGCUCUAAAGCGCCCGCGCUAUCAGCCUGACGAAGCAUCGUCUGCUUUGAAUAAUGGAGACAGCUCUAAACAUCAAAGAGUUUCCUUACUUCUCUACGAAACCUUCUUCGCGUCUUGUAGCGAUUCUCUCACAAUCUCUCAUGACACGAAAAACACCAUUACGACGUCAUGGGAAUCCAGCGAACGAGAUAGAUUCUUCACUGCACUUGCUCGCUAUGGAAAAUAUAACCCGGUGGAGAUUUCGAAAUGCGUUGGCACCAAGAGUGUUUCUCAAAUUCUUAUAUAUAUUGAUCAAUUAGAGAAAGAUCUUAGAUUGGAGACAUUGAAGGAGAGAUUCGAAAAGGAAAAUGAAACUGGAACAAAAAGAGACGGAAAGAUCAAGAGUCGGCGCCGUCUAUACUAUAAUAUCCCGGCAGCUAGAGAAAUGAGCGACGAUUGGGUCGAAAUGGAGGAGCGACUAGGUUUGGAGCUUGCUGCGUUAGACGAUACAAAGACAAGAGAACACGAUUCGGAAAUGGCAUUACAUGAAAUGGCAUCAUUGAAUGAUUCUAUUCUGAAUCUGGAGAAUGUAUCAUUGUUUGCAAAAAGUAUUGUUCGAGAGGAUGACUGCAUGGUGGCCAGACAAACACUCGCACGGUUACAUACAGAAUUGAAACAUUGGGUUUCGUUGAUCGUAAGAGAUAUAAUCGUUCUAAGACGUUUAAGAAACACGUCCAGUGAGAUCGAGGUUACUGGAUUGGAAAUAGAAUACGCACUAAAACUAAGAGGUCGCAUUGUGAAGAAAUUGUUUGACUGCUCUAAUCAAAAAGCAAACUCUCCUCCCGGGUUAUUUACUCCUACGCAAACGACCCAACAACCUCAUACCGCAUCUAUCUCUUCUCAAUCAAAUACUCAAUCAACUACUCUUAGACAAUUCUCCAACAAUAAUGCGCGCUCUCCGCCAUCAUCUCCACACCCCUCCUCCGACUCUGAUUCUUCAUCUUUCUCUAGCCCCGAUAGCUAUACGUCCGAAGACGAAGCUCUUGAGAAAAAGGAGCGCGAGUUGGAUGCUAAAUACGAAAGACACUUGCGUGAUCUUCUCGCGCCAAGAGACCAGACCAUCAAUCUUACAAAUGCUAUAGCAAAGUUCGAAAAGAGACUGGUGGAGUGCUACCAAGAGGACGAGCUGGAUGAAAGUUGGAACAAAUUUGGGUAA